AUGCUAGACAGCUCAUCAGAUUCCUUUCAGAACCCGGAUGCCCAUCUGGCCCUCGCACUGGACGUCCACGGGUGCCUGGCCUCGGGCCACCCCUGCCGCCUAUGGGAGCAGCUGCGGCAGUUCUGGGCCGACCACUUCUCGCGGCGCUUUUCUCCACGGCGCCCACCACUGCGCCGCAUCUCCUCCAUGUCCACCUUCUACUUGCUGGACCCCCGGACGCGCCAGGCCGAGCUGGGCCUCAACUACGGCGCACCGCGCACACGUCUCAGCGAUGAGGCCUUCGUGUUCCGCCGCGGCCAAUGGAGGGCGGAAGGGCAUUCGGUGAGCUCGCCCAACGUAGCGGGCUGGAAGGCACAGAUGCAGCAGGCCAAGAACCAGGUGCUACUGGAGGAGAACAACUACCUAAAGCUGCAGCAGGAACUGCUCAUGGACAUGCUGACCGAGACCACGGCGCGCGUGCACCUGCUGGAGAAGGAGCUGGACACUGCAGCCAUCCCGUCCCCCGCAGCGCGCGCCUGGCGGGGGAAGAUGCUAAGGCGGCAAGGCGCCGGCGGUGUGCUAGUGACCCAGCCGCGCGCUCUGGAGUCGCGGUGA